CUGCCCCUCCCAGCCCUCCAAUGAGUGCCCCAGGAAGGGCCCGGCCUUGCAAGGGAUGCACUGAGUCCCAGGCUGGGCUGACCAAGCUCUCCCCGAGUCUCCCUUUCCUUGCUAGAACCCCACACCUGACCUUUCUGCCUUGACCCCGACCUCUUCUCGAGUUAAACAUUCCCUGUAGGAACUGGAUUCCAUUCUUGAUUAGGCAAGUGCUUCCUUAAACACUCCGGUGGCCUAAACCUCAGGGCAGCUGAGGACCUGGGCUCGAGGCCUUCCUUGCACAUGUCCCAGCUGGGUGAUUCUGGGUAAAUCCAAUUGCAUGGUACACCCAGAGCGACAAAACUCCCGUUAGAGUGCAGAUCUGUCCUAGCGGAGGGAGUUUCCCCAGUGGGAAGCAACCCCUUCCCCCCAUUCCAAUGAAAUCAAUUGAGAAAAGAAUGGAAACCGAGUCUGGAGAAUGUCCCCAUGCACUUAGGUCCUCCGUUCUAUCUCCCUCCACACUCCCAGCUUCUCUCCCACCACAGUGCCUCCCCCCACUUCUGACUCCAGGCCCCCUUUUUCUCCCCGAAGGUAGUUCUGUGAGCCAUGGGGCUGUCCCGCAGAGUUCUCGGCCCCACGCUUACGCCAGCCUGACCGUCCGUUUUCCAUCCUAUCUCCCCCCCACCCAGGUCUGUGCUCCGGGCUGGGGCUUGGCACUGCCCCUAACACGUGCCCGUGCCUUUCUUCAUAAUCAUUGCUAUCUCCUAGGAGUCCAUUAAAUCUGAUGAGCACUUAGUAAGUACCCCUGGGAGUCAGGAUACAAAGGCAACUCCCAGCCCAAAAGGAGCACGCAUUUCCUCCCAGGAGAGCACAAGGCCCUGGUGAGCCCCACGAUGCUCCUGGAUGGCAGCAGGCUCUCCAAAGGAAGCACUUGUCCAUAUCUAUCCUUGUUCCUACAGAGAAGCCCUUCCUUUUAAGGGGUUGGGGGGGAAGAGGAGGCUGGGAGAGACCACGGGACUUGAGCUGGCAUUUGAGCUCUGGUCCUCCCCGCUCCAGAACUAGUGCCCUGUGCCGCCCACUGCCCCUCGGCCUAUGAAACUGCCCGCUCGGACGCAGCUCUGGCUCCAGCCCAGAGGCCUGGCUGUUGUUGGGGCCUUGGAGAUGGCCCUCCAACCCAACCUAAUGAGCAUGUGGGGCGGCCGGGGACCCUCUGCAGUCUGCCUGUUUCCAUUUCUAGCACGUGAAGGUUUGUAGAGCUCUUUGCGAGGUCCCACAUGGACAAAUGUAUUGGGAGUAGCCUUUUUUGUUGGGGCAACUACCUGGAAACGGGGUCCACAACCUGAGGAACAGCUGGCCGCUCCCUGAUGCAGAAAGGCCGGAGCACCGGAGGAGAGAUGGGCAAUGUGGGAAGAUAGACGAAAUGACCAGCACCUAGUUAGUGCCUAUUGUUUACCAGCUAGAAACUGAUCAUUGCAGGGACCACGAAGACUCCCAAGGACUGAGCGGGAAAUGUACUUUUUGCCAGAUUGGGAGACGCAGGGCCAGGGCCAGAACGCAUUAUACAUUAUCAGACGUGGUCAAUGUGAUUCGCUUAAUUGUACUUCAAAAGGGAGAGUUCUCUUGGGGAGGGGGUUAUGGGAAAGGGAUAUUUUUAAAAGGCAUCAGUGAAACAUAAAAAAUAAAAUAUAUCCAAGUUGAAAACCAAAUAGUAUUUUCUCAAGAUCCUUGUGAGGUGAAGAAGACAAGGAUCAUUCCCACUUUUCAGAGGUUUUUGUCCAUUGGGUGACCGGGUGUUGUUCAUGGCCGGCUGAGGGUCUGGCGGGAACCGGUCUGCGGCCACGUUCGACUGUAGGACGGCCCAGAUCUCGGGGACUCGGCCGUCGGGGCUCAGGUUCCAGAUUCGGCGCCUCUGGAGCACUGGUAACUCAGCUGGGAGGGAGGGAGAGAGGACCUGGAUUUGUUCUUUCCCAGACCACCUUCCUCCAAGCCCGCCCUCCCUGGCCCGCCGGUCCCCUCUCUUUGGGGGAGAAGCAUGUGCUGGGCUGGGCCAGCCAACAAUGCCCUCAUUCAGCUCGCAGGAGAGGGCAUGCCAGGUGGGAGGCCCUGAGAUGGGGAGGGGGGUGCGGACGGAGAAGGGGCUGCUGCCCUCGCCUUCGGGAGCUGGGCUUGUUUGGGAUUCCCUCGGCCACCCUCACCCUCCUCCCAGAGCUCUGACGGGCAAGGGGGCUCGUGGCCUGGAUUUUCUAGGUGAGUCCUGGGGCUAGCAGAAGGAAGGGAGGGAGCGAGGGGGUCUGGGAAAUGGAGGGAUGCGAUCUGCCUUUGGGAGCAGUUGGGAAAGAAGUGAGCCAGCUAGAGCCCGGCUAGCCGCGGGUCCCCUCUCGGCCCAGGUUCCUGCUCUGUGGGAUGAGGGGGGACCCCUGAGCCUGUGGGUGCUUCCCGGCCACUUCCGGGUCUCAGUAUUCCUUUUGGGGGCUGCCCACCAGCUUGGCCGAGUCUUUCCCAGGCAGGGGCUGCCGGGCUUGCCCCUAGGACAGAGCCCAGGAAAUGGGGCCGCAGUCGGCUCCCCUGGGGCUCCCUGCUCCCCGGCUUCUGCCGGCUGAACGGUCGGGGUGACCACGUGGUUCAGUCCGAAGACUUUGGAGCUGGACGCUUGGGCUCUGCCUGGGCCUCAGUGGCUCCAAGACCCCUCCGGCACUACAUGCACGACCUGUGUCCCCACGACUAGUUGGGACACGUGAGGCUGGAUUAGAUGCUCUCCCAGGCCCCGAUGCCCCCCAGCUUCCUCUGGGCCCGGGAUACCCGGGAUCCAUGAAAAUCGGCCUUCGAACCCCCCUCGUGCCCCCAGGCCGUGCGACCCAGAGAGGGAGGAAUUAACCACUGACUGAUAAUUGCCCAUCGGAGGUUCAGGACUCGGGGAGGGGUCAGAGUGGGUUCCGACCCCCACCUUCCACGCUCGGCAGCACGGGGAAGCCGGGGGGCCAGAGCCGGGGGGGACAGGAAGAGAAGCAGACAGAUUUCCUGGCUCCUCCUGGCUCUGGCCAAAUAAUACCAUUUGGCGAGUGGGCAGCGAUACCCGGCCCUGGGAGAUGCUUACGAGACGUUUGUCCCCUCUCCCUCCCCCGCUUGGGGCUGGCUGGGCCAGCAUGUGGACGCCCCUCUGCCUCGCCGCCGCCCUGCUGGCCCUGGCUGGGAGGGGGCUCGCGGGCCGCUGCCCCCCCGCCUGUGUCUGUGACAACAUCCGGAGACACGUCGCGUGCAGGCGCCAGAACCUCACCGAGGUGCCCGUCACCGUCCCGCAGAUGACCCAGAGGCUGGAUCUCCAAGGCAACGCCCUGAAGGUGAUCCCCCCCGAGGCCUUCCUCUCCCUGCCCUACCUCACCCACCUGGACCUGAGGCACUGCCAGCUCGAGCGGGUGGAAGAAGGGGCCUUCCGGGGCCUGGGCCGGCUGCUCUAUCUCAACCUGGCCUCCAACCGGCUCUCGGUGCUCUUCCAAGAGGCCCUGGAUGGGCUGGGCUCGCUGAGGCAGCUGGUUCUGGAGCACAACCAGCUGGAGGAGAUCCGCCCGGGGGCCUUCGGCCAGCUGGGGUCCCUGGCCCUGCUCAGCCUGGCCCACAACUCCCUGGUCUACCUGCCGGACAUGGCCUUCCAGGGGCUGCUCCAGGCGCGCUGGCUGCACCUCUCCCACAACGCGCUGCACGUGCUGGCCCCGGAGGCCUUGGCCGGCCUGCCGGGCCUGCGCCGGCUCAGCCUGGACCACAACGAGCUGCAGGCCCUGCCCGGGGAGGCUCUGUCCCGCCCCGACGGCCUGGUGCAGCUGGAGCUGGGCCACAACCCGCUCACCUACCUGGGCGAGGAGGACGGGCUGGCCCUGCGGGCUCUGCGAGACCUGGCCCUGGACCACGCUGCCCUGCAGGACGUGGGCGCCGGGGCCUUUGCCCGCUGUCCCCGCCUCCGAGCGCUGGACCUGCGGAGCAACCAGCUCGGGGGGCUGCCCCCUCUCCAGGGGCUGGGCCAGCUGCGGAAGCUCAACCUGAGCGGGAACCCGCUGCUGUGCGACUGCGCGGCCCGGCCCCUGUGGGAAUGGGUGGCCAGGGCCCGGCUCCGCACCGACGCCCUGUGCUCCGAGCCCCGCCGCCUGAGGGGGGAAGCCCUUGAGUCUCUGAGGGCCAAGGAUCUGUUCUGCCCGAGGCAGGGAGACGAGGAGGGGGGCGGAGAGGAGGGGGCCCCCAAGCCUCGGGCCCCGACGCGGGCCCCGGAGGAGGACGGAGCCAGCCGGCCCUGCCCCGCGGCCUGCGUCUGCUCCCCGGACUCCGGGCACAGCAGCUGCGAGAACAGGGGGCUGAGGCUCGUCCCCUCCGGCUUCCCCAACCACACCCAGCUCCUGGACCUGCGGCGGAAUAGCUUCUCCUCCGUCCCCGCGGGCGCCUUCCCCGGCCUGGCCCACCUGGUGUCCCUGCACCUCCAGCACUGCGCGCUCACCCAGCUGGAGGCCGGGGCCCUGGCCGGCUUGGGACGGCUGGUCUACCUCUACCUCUCGGACAACCAGCUCUCGGGGCUCAGCGCGGCCGCCCUGCAGGGCGCCCCCCGGCUCCGGUACCUCUACCUGGACCGCAACCGCUUCCCGCACGUGCCCGCGGCUGCCCUGAGGGCCCUGCCCGGGCUCUUCGCCCUCCACCUGGAGCACAACGCUCUCCGGCAUCUGGCCCUGGCCGACCUGGCUGGGGCCGCGGGCCUCCGCCGCCUCUACGUGAGCGGUAACAACGUCUCCCGCGUGGGCCCGGGCCCGGCCCUGGAGCUGGAAACGCUGCAUCUGGACGGGAACCAGCUCCAGACUGUGCCCACGGCGGCCUUGGAGGGGCUGCCCGCCCUCAGGGAGCUGCGGCUGUCCGGAAACCCCCUCCGCGUCCUGGAGGACAAGGCCUUCCUGCCCGUGGCCGGCUCCCUGCGGCACCUCUACCUGAACGGCACGGGGCUGCGGCAGAUUUCUCCAGGAGCCUUUGCUGGUCUGGGACCGGGCCUCAAGAGCUUGUACCUGGAGAAAAACCGGCUGCAGACGUUGCCCACCAUGGACAGUUUCACGAGGCUGGAGCUUAUCAACCUCAGUGAGAAUCCCUUCCACUGUGACUGCCGGCUCCUCCCGCUGCACAGGUGGCUUGCUGGCCUGAACCUUCGAGUGGGGGCCACCUGUGAGUUCCCAGCCAGAGCCCGGGGCCAGAAGGUAAAGGCGGCCACAGCCGUUUUCGAGGCCUGCCCAGGCUGGAGGACCAAGAAAAGCAAAGGGAUCCCAGCCUCGGCCCAGCGAAAAGCUAGGAAAGCCCGAAGCAAGAAGAAGCAGUUGGGAGCAGUCAAGGUGGGAAAGGCAAGACCCAGAAAAAGGACCAGACAUGUUUGAGAGCCCGAACCCGAGACAGAAGGCUGCUGGAUCUGCCCGUAUUUUAUCAGCUAACUUCCCAGCCCAUUUCAGACCGUGCCCCUGGAUGGACAUGAGAAGUAACUCCUGUCUUUGGCUGUCUUGCUUACAGUUUUCAACUCAUCCUCUAACACAGUAAACUCACUUCUUAUCUGUCUGGUGGAGGGGGUGUCUUGCCCAAUAUCCUGUUCUCUUGAAAUAAAAUGAAAACAAGCAGAA